AUGUCACACGUUGCUGAUAACUACUCAGGCACCUCAGCAGUUGGAGGUGCAAAAUCUGCCCUAAACCCAAACAGUAAUUUUCCAACAGUUGAACUACACGUCAAAGCAAAUGAACUAGUUGACAUGGACAUCAUAACAGUUUCUGAUCCGAUCUGCGUUUUAUUUGUCUGGAAUAAUGGUAAAUGGAGUGAAUAUGCAAGAACCGAAGUUGUUUGGAACAACUUAAAUCCAGAAUGGGUUAAGUUUUUCACCAUUCAAUACAUCUUCGAAAUUAAGCAGCCACUCAUGUUUCGUGUAUAUGACGUUGACUCAGAUACCUCGACACUUUCAUCCCAAGAUUUCAUCGGCGAAGCCCAAAUCGACCUUUCCCAAAUCAUUGCUAAUAGAGGUACUACAACGCUCGAGCUCAAAAUCCCUCAUAAUGAUAAGAAGAGAGGCAUAAUUCAUAUUACCCCAGAGCAAGUUGAGAACUCUGGCGCCGUUAUCGAAAUGCAAUUCAAAGCAAAGAACCUGAAGAAGAUGCAUUUUCUCACCAGCAACUCUCCGUAUUUUGUUAUUUCAAAAGGAUCCGAAAGUGGGUCAUUCUUGCCUGUAUUCCAAUCAGAAGUUAGUAAAAAGUGCCAGUGGAAGAAAUUCUCCAUUCCAUAUCAAACUCUUUGCAACUGUGACCCAGCACGUCCGCUUAAGAUCUCAGUGAUGCAUUACAGAUCAACAACUCACGCCGAGCAGAUUGGAUUCAUCGAAACAACAUAUGAAAGGAUCAGUGAAAGCCUCAUGCAAACCCAAGACAUCAUGGACGAGCAUCGCAACAAAGUUGGUGAGCUAACAUGCACUUUAGUUGUCAUCAACCAAAAAUACACCUUUGUUGACUACCUCCGCAACGGCGUUCAACUUAAUCUCAUUACAGCUAUCGACUUUACCUCCUCCAACGGCGACCCACGCAACAUGAAUUCCCUUCACUACAUGGGCGCUGACUAUCUAAACCAGUACGAAAAGUGCAUUCGCGCUGUCGGAGAAAUCCUCUGCCCGUACGACUCCGACCAAGAGUUCCCUGUUUUUGGUUUCGGUGCCAAAGUUGGUUUCCAAGCAAACCACUGCUUUGCCCUCAACUUCAACGAGGCCAAUCCAUGCGUCCACGGCCUCGAGGGUAUUGUCGGCUGCUACAAGUACGCUUUGUCCCAGGUUGCCCUCUCAGGACCAACGCUGUUCGCUCACAUCAUCAGGCGUGCAACAAGCAUGGCAAUCCAGGCCUGGCAGGAGUCCAGGACAUACACAAUCCUCUUAAUUGUCACAGAUGGCAUCAUCAACGAUAUGAUGGAUACAAUUGACGCAAUUGUUGACGCAGGAAACAAGCCGCUCUCAAUCAUCAUAGUAGGUGUUGGAAACGCAAACUUCGAUGCAAUGGAUGUACUCGACGCUGAUGAUGAACCACUCGUGUCCCGUGCAGGUUACAAGAUGGUUAGAGAUCUCGUCCAGUUCGUGCCUUUCAACGAAUUCGCAAAAAAGCACUACACAGCACUGGCUGCUGCCGUUUUGGAUGAAGUACCAAGACAACUCGUGGAGUGGGCUGAGUUGAAUGGAAUUAGACCGGUUUAA